AUGGAGUUUUUUGAAGAAGUCAAAACAGCGAUCAACUCUGAUCAGAACGAUAUUCUGACGAAAACUCUCAUUUCCUGCUACACCAAAGUAAACUAUGAGACGUUCGCAAAACUCGAAGCAGAAGAUUGUAAAGCAAAAUUCGAACAAUUAUUCGAUUUAUUUUCAUAUUGCGGCGGAAAUGAAAACGAAAACAUCAGAUUAAUGGCAUAUCGAGCGUGCGCAUUCUUUCUGGUUAAAUGCGGAACAUAUUUUUUACCAUAUCUCCUAGAAAUGUUUUAUAAAUUUUCUGAAAAGCCAAUCAAAAACGAAAAGUCGUCGAUUAUAAAUAUAUCUGUAUUUGCAUUCUUUUCUGAAUAUCUUCCUUGUCAUCAAAUUCUGGAAUUAAUUUCGAAAGUAAACAUAAUAGACUUGUUUAAUACAUCGGAUCCAGUCAUACUAAGCUAUAUACCUAACAUAGUUAAGCAUUUUCGUUAUCUUGGAACUCAAUUUCACAAAAAUUUGCUGUUGAAACUCAUAGAAAAAUGGGGAGAUGCAGAGAAUAUGUAUUACUUCCAGUGUGUCCACUGGUUACUGACGUUUUCAGGAGAAGAAAUCGCGAAAAUAAUCCUUGAAAAAACAAAAAACAUCGGAUUGAUCAAUUUUGUGUACCCUAUCGCUGGAAAAUACCUACAAACCGCUAAAAUCAUAGAAUUAUCCAUUAAUAUUUUACAAAAUGAAAAAUCAUCGAUCGGAGAUUUGGAUUGCGCUCUACAACUACUGUCAUCGCACUUAACUAGUGCUAAUAUUCAAAAUCAAAAACUUCUUUUUUCGAUUUCAGAAAAAAAUUACGAAUUUCCUUUGGAUAAAAUUACAAAAUGCCCUUCAUUAUACAGAUUACCGCUUCCUAUUGACCAACUAAAACAAACCGAAAACGAUUCAGGCAAAAUUUUUGAGUCGAAAUUCAAUUCAAUCGGAAAAUUAGCGAAAAAUGACGUGAAACACGUACAAAUAUUCAUUGAUUCAUUAUCUAAACCAUAUAAUAACGAUACUACCUUCAUUUUGCAAGCUCUUUCUCAAACAAUUAAAGAUAUUCCAUAUUCUGAUCAAUUAGCAUUGUUAUUACAGCAAUUACUAUAUUCCAAACAUGCCAAUUGGUAUAAUACAGUUGAUAUUCUAUCAGUAAUUGCAUCAAUUAAAGACGAAUUACUAAUAAAAUAUUUUGGAUACAAAGGAUUGCUUUCUAUUAUGGAAAAAUGUGUCGGAUGUGUUUGUAGUAGAGCAGAUAGUUUAGUAAAUAUAGCUACAACAGUUGCUACGAAGAUUUCUUCGUAUUAUAAAGAAUAUUUUCAACAAUUUACAAGUUUAGUUGCCAAAGUCCUUGAUUACACAGAUGAUUCGAACUUGGGAUCCCAACUAGACUUACUCACAGCCAUUAUAAACUCAAAUAAACAAGGAGAUAGAGAAAAUUUAUUAUUUGUUGUUGAAAUUCUAUUGGAAAACUACGAAAUGUUCACAGACAACCUUGUAUUGGUUAGUUCUAUCUUCAGAUUCAUCUCAAAGUUCCCUGUUUCGAACUUAAAACGCGCAUUUCUCAAACAACUGUUUCUCGACGCCGUAGUUGUUGUUGUAUCAUGUUACAGACAUUUCUCAGGCAAUAUGUGGCAACCACAAGUCCCUUCCGACAGAGUUGCCCAUAAAUAUGACCUUUUUUCUCAAUUUAUCAACUCUCAAAAUGUUGAUGUCACUUUUAUUCCAACCGUUAACGAUAUUUUCAAACCGUUUGAGAGUGCAGUUAGUUUAGUAUUGGCAUUUAAUGUUACUGACUUUGGAACGAGUUUUUUGUUUGAUUUGAUCGACAGAUUGUAUCCAAUUUUUCCAAGUGAAGUGAUCAAUUUUAUUUACCAAAAUUUUCCGAAUUUAGAUGUUUAUUCACAAGUCCACAUGUUGCAGGACAUCUCCUACAUCAGCUGGUCAAUAAAAGAAAAGGAAGUCUUCAAAAUGACACUGAUGUUUAACGAGGCAAAUUCAUCUAAAUUUUCAGAAAAUUUUGUAAAUUUGAGACAAACCGUUUUGCCAGUAAUUGACGCCCAUUUGCCAUAUAAACUGAAAACCAAAUACCUUGCCGCAAUAUUCUUGUUUAAGAACAGAGAUAUAUCAGUUCUCUCUGAAAAGGCUCAAGAUGAAGUCAGAGAAAUCGCUGCAAAUUUGGAACAAAAUUAUAAUAAAAGAAAACAAAAAAUACCAAAAAGUGACAUAAAAAUUUUCAGUCCUGUUGAAAAUAAUAUGUCAAAAAUCAUAAAGGGUGAUAAGAAAUUAAUUGACAGUGAAACAACAAAAUCUUUCAUUCAAAAUGAUUUGUUUAAUUUAAGGUUAUUGUCAAAAUAUUCUGAUCAUGAUUUACAAAAACCGUUUUAUAUAUUUGAUGGUGCGAAAGACAUUUAUGAACGCAAAGCAAGUAUAGAAGAGAUUGUUGAUAAGAUAUUAAAGGCUGAAAGACCGAAGAAAAAAGAUGUUUUGGCUUUGACAAAAAUUUUGUCAGAAAAAGAAGAAACUGAAGCUGAAACAGGCCUAAAAAUCUUCGACAAGAUGUUAUCAGACAAAGAAGAAGUCAAUAGAAUAAGAGUUGGUCUUUUAUUCGCUUACAAAUUCGCAAUUAUUUCUACAAAAGCAGGUGUUGACACUUUACAAUUAAUUUUUGACACUGCACGUCAGAAUUAUUUACCUGACGAAGUUUAUUACUAUAACAGACUGUUUUCCGCAUUAGUUUCAAGAGGAGUUACCGGAGAAACUCCUUUGAGUUACACUCCAUUUCCAGGAGUAUUAGUUUUUGAAGAGAAAAUCAAAAUAUUCCAGUUGCAAAGAGGAAUUCCUUACACAGGAGUUUUCCCUGCGCGUUGUUUCAAUGAACAAUUGCCAAGUAACUACAUGUGCGCGUUGAGAGUUGUUAUUUACGCAUCGAGUUACUUGAGUAGAUCAACUGCUUUCGGUUGUCUAAAAGACGGAUUCAAUUCUUGUCUGAAAACACUGCAAAGACAUAAAAAAGUGUAUUGCGGUGGAGAUUUGUUGUGUUCUGCAUUGAGUUCUAUGUUUAAUUACACGGAAUUAAGUGACGCAUUCGUUUGGAAAAUUCCUAAACUCGAGAUAUCAACAAAUGAAGCAAUAUUUAGUGAUUUAUGCGAAUGUUUUCCAUUGUUAUUCGCAAGUCGAUUACCAGGAGCGAAAGAUUACGAGAUCAUCUCCGGAUUGUGCAACAAAAUGCUCUUCAGUCCGCCUUGCAAGACAUUGUUUGACGCGUAUAUUUCAUCAAUAAACGCGAGAGUUGACAUAACAAGUAAUCCGAGUGUGAGAGAUACAAUUGUUUCUGAUCCUUUGUUGACGACAUUGAGGAAUUUCGAGUUGUACGAUUGUUACUGGUGCUCAGAGUUCUUGUUCGAAUGGUUAAGAAUGAUUGUAAGGACAUCAGGAAUUGUUCAAACAAUGUCAAUGUUGACAAUUCAGUUUGUCAAAUACGUUCCAAGAUUUGCAAAUGUUUUUGUCGCUGGAGUGAUGCUGCUGAAUGAAAAAUGGCCAAUUAUGACUGAUGAAGAGAUUGAACAGGCCACAGCAAUGCUCAAUUCAGCAAGAGUGGCAAUUCCAUGCAAAUGUCAUGCGGCUGCUUUUGUUUUGUUAGGAAAAAGAGAAAAUAUGAAAUUAGCUAUUAAAUUGGCAUCAGCAGAUAGGGACACAGAAGAAACAGAUAAGAUUGUCGUCCCUAUAUUAGAUGCUGCCAAUUAG